ACGAACUUUGAUUUGUCCUGAUGAACAGGUGGUGUGUGCAGACCUGAAUAAAAUGGCGCAGUUUGGUUUUGAGAACGACAUCCACAGCAUCCUGAAGCUGGACAUGCCCAUCACAAACGCUCCCAUGGCGAGGUGGCAGAGGAAGGCCAGCUCCUCCAGCAGCAGCUCCGUCCUGGGCGGUUUAUCACCGGGAAAAUCCAUUAACACGUCCCAGAGCGUGUCAAAAACGCCGAGCAAAACACCAGGUAAAAGUAAAAAGCAAACACCCUCCAAGAUGGGAGGUGACCGCUUCAUCCCUACCAGAAACAGCAAACAGAUGGACGUGGCGAGUUUUCUGCUUACUAAGGAGAACGAGCCUGUGGACGCCAACAGCGCAUCAGGAACAGCAGAAAGCCAGAAGGCGUGGUCGAAGUCACUGAAUGGAUUCAACAUGGAGGACGCAAAAAUCCUGCACCUUGGGGGGAAGCCGCUGAAUGCUCCCGAGGGCUAUCAGAACAACCUGAAAGUUCUCUACAGUCAGGGUACGACUCCUGCUUCUGUGAAAAAGACAAGAUAUAUUUCUUCAACACCAGACAGAAUCCUGGACGCCCCUGAGCUUCGAAACGAUUUCUAUUUGAAUCUGUUUGACUGGAGCAGUAGAAAUACUCUGGCCGUGGCUCUUCAUAACAGUGUGUACCUGUGGGACGCCUCUCAGGGUGACAUCACUCUGCUCAUGAAGUUGGAGAGCGAGGAGGACUACAUCUGCUCUCUGUCCUGGACCAAAGAGGGGAGCUACCUCGCCAUCGGAACCAGCGACUGCAACGUUCAGCUGUGGGAUGUCGACCUUCAGAAGCGUUUACGCAGCAUGACGAGCCACACCUCCCGAGUGGGAAGUCUGAGCUGGAACGAGCACGUUCUCUCCAGUGGCUCCAGAUCCGGACACAUCCACCAUCACGACGUGCGGGUGGCGGAGCAUCACAUCGGCACGCUCACCGGUCACUCUCAGGAGGUGUGCGGGCUGACGUGGUCGCCUGAUGGUCGAUACCUGGCCAGCGGAGGAAACGACAACCAGGUGUGUGUGUGGCCACGCGUGCAGGAGGGCGGGAACCCCAGCCAACCGGUGCGCUGCUGGAGUGAACACCAAGGAGCUGUUAAGGCUUUGGCAUGGUGUUCAUGGCAACCAAAUAUCCUGGCAUCAGGAGGCGGGACCAGUGACCGCCACAUUAAGAUCUGGAACGUAAACAGCGGCUCCUGCAUCAGCUCACUGGACACGCAGUCGCAGAUCUCGUCACUGGUUUUUGCUCCAAACUACAAAGAGCUGGUCUCCGCUCACGGCUACGCUCACAACAACGUCGUCAUCUGGAAGUAUCCGUCGCUCACCAAGGUCGCAGAGCUCAACGGCCACGAGGAUAGAGUUCUGAGUCUGACUAUGAGCCCCGACUGCUCUACGAUCGCGACCGUCGCAGGUGACGAGACGAUCCGUCUGUGGAAGUGCUUCGAGGUGGAUCCCGUGAAGAAGAAGGCCAAAGAGAGGAUGCUCAAACCCACCAGCAGCGUCAUCCAUCAGUCUAUCAGAUAACUGUUUAUCCCGUCUUCACUUUGAGGACCAUUUUAUCCAUGAACUCUGUUCCAAUCAUUGAAUGAGCUUUGUGCAAAUGUUUUGUAAUAAUCUUCAAUAAAGUUAAAGUUUUAACAUGGUAUGCUGUUGUAGAGCUCAGUUCAAACCUUUUAAUAUUUAUCUCAAUGAGUGAUCUGUUCUCAAGACAGCCAAACCACAGUAGUUUUAUCUUUACUUUGACCAUAGUUAAGUCUGAAACUGGUUUUGUGUUCCAUUAAAAUCCUUUUUGACUCAAACAUC